GAGAUCCCGCUGCGCUCCAACGUGUACGAGGUCUACGCCACAGACCAGGACGAGGGCCUCAACGGGGCCGUGCGCUACAGCUUCCUGAAGACCACGGGCAACCGGGACUGGGAGUACUUCACCAUUGACCCCAUCAGCGGCCUCAUCCAGACCGCGCAGCGCCUGGACCGUGAGAAGCAGGCAGUGUACAGCCUCAUCCUGGUGGCCAGCGACCUGGGCCAGCCAGUGCCUUAUGAGACCAUGCAGCCCAUGCAGGUGGCCCUGGAUGACAUCGAUGACAACGAGCCCCUCUUCCUGAGGCCUCCAAAAGGCAGCCCCCAGUACCAGCUGCUGACAGUGCCCGAGCACUCACCACGUGGCACCCUCGUGGGCAAUGUGACCGGCGCCGUGGACGCAGACGAGGGCUCCAACGCCAUCGUGUACUACUUCAUCGCAGCUGGGAACGAAGAGAAGAAUUUCCAUCUUCAGCCUGACGGGCGUCUGCUGGUGCUAAAGGACCUGGAUCGGGAGCGCGAAGCUGUCUUCUCCUUCAUCGUCAAGGCCUCGAGCAAUCGCAGCUGGACACCUCCCCGGGGACCCGCACCGGACCUGGACCUGGUCACGGACCUCACCCUGCAGGAGGUGCGCGUCGUGCUAGAGGACAUCAACGACCAGCCCCCGCGCUUCACGAAGGCUGAGUACACUGCAGGAGUGGCCACUGACGCCAAGAUGGGCUCGGAGUUGAUCCAGGUGCUGGCCCUGGACGCAGACAUUGGCAACAACAGCCUGGUCUUCUACAGCAUUCUGGCCAUUCACUACUUCCGGGCCUUUGCCAAUGACUCUGAGGACGUGG